AUGGUCAAGAAAAGUAAGCUACUUGCCGCUCUUGAUGCCUACAAGGGACGAGACUACGCGGCCGAGAAGAGAAAAGCACAAAUGAAAGCGGCCGAGAAACGGAAACGACUGAAGACUGAAAAGGCGAAAAUUGAAGCUGAAAAUGACCCAGAAGCUUUAGCUGUUGAUCAGGUACCUCAGAAAUCUGAUGAAAAUGCUCAACCAAACGGGAUUGAGCAGUCGACACUAAACGACAUCUCCCCCACAAUUCCUCAACCACUUGAACGGGCCGAAGCCUCUGCCUCUGAAGCAGAAAAUGAAUCAGACGUUCCACUCUCGGAACUUGAAGAUGAAGACCUCGAAGACACCAUCCCACAUCAAAGAAUGACGAUCAAUAACGGACCUGCGCUCGUCGCAUCUCAUAACCGUAUCGCCUUGAUCAAAGACCCUAAAUCUCCAUUCCACUAUCAUAAUUCCCUCAUAUCCCACCUGUUACCGACGUCCACCUCCAUCCCAGACCCCAACGACGAUUUGACGAGAGAGCUGGAGUUCUAUCGCAUUGCACGUGAGGCCGCUGUGGAGGCACGAGCGCUACUCAAGAAAGAAAACAUUCCCUUCUCCAGACCGAACGACUACUUUGCCGAGAUGGUCAAGAGCGAUGAACACAUGGGCAAAGUCAAGAAGAAGAUGUACGACGACGCUGCGUCAAAAAAGGCCGCGGAAGAAGCGAGGAAGUUGAGGGAAGCAAAGAAAUUCGGGAAGGCGGUGCAGGUAGCCAAGGAGCAAGAGCGGGCGAAAGAAAAGAGAAACACGCUGGACAAGAUUAAGGAGCUGAAGAGGAAACGCAAAGGCCAAGACACUGGCAAAGUCACGGAGGGCGACGAUGAUCUGUUCCAAAGCAUCGACGUCGAAAACGAACCUGCUAAAGACCGAUCAGGUCGAGAGCGAGGCAGUGGUUCUAAUUUCAAGAGACAAAAACGCGACCACAAAUACGGAUUUGGGGGUAAGAAACGGUUCGCAAAGAGCGGCGACGCCGUCAGCAGCGCUGAUAUGCGCGGCUUCUCGGCAGCCAAAAUGAAAGGAAAGGCAAAGAGACCUGGCAAAAGUAGGAGAGCAGCUGCCCGGUAA